AUGUCGUAUCCUUCCACCGCACAAAACUUGGAGACAACUCUUGUUUUUCCCUCAGGCAACAAGCCAUCCACUUCUUCAUUCUUCACCGCGCGUUCUACCUAUAACGACGUCAUUAGUGCACUCCAGGCUGUUCAAAAAGAAUGCAGGGCCGUUUUGGAAGCUGCAUAUCUUCUCCCUAUAUCACCAGCUCGUCGACGCAUAAUUAAAUCCAAACAAGGUGACAAUCGCAAGCUUUGGAUGCCCAUCGACAAACUUUCCGAUGCCAUUGGAAUGCAGCCCCCUAUGCGUGUGUCCCAAUACAGAGAGGUCAUAUCACAACUAUCAGAACUAGACGACUACUUGGCCAUUGCCCUCUCCGGAAGACAAGCCGUGUUGGCAGAUCAAAUUGAAGGCGUUCUAAAACAAUUCGAGCGUCCAGAUAUGCAGGCUAUCCUUUCUGCCAAGAAGAAGCCCGUAGUGAGGACUCAGCUCGGCGGGACCUAUACUAUUGGGAAGCGAAAAGAAAGUCAUGCACGGGUUUGGUUGAUUCCCGCGAAGCUGAAACGACCGUCAAGACCCACAACUUUGGCGCCGCCUCCGGACCCAUGGGGAUCAAGUGUCGCAGAUAAAAUGCGUCCCGCCUUACUUGAUAUGCCAGGAUUCGAGCCGCAGCCAGCAAGACCCCUCCCUGCCCCCGAUUUCAAUCCUUCUUUCGACACAGCUUACCCAAAAUUUGUGCCUUUCGUUUCUGAAGUCCUCAUAAACAACACCCCAUUAAGCCGUUACUUUGCUAAUUCAGCAGACAGGGAGAAGGUAGUGUUGCCGUUCAAAGUCACUGGCACCAUUGGGAAAUACAAUGUUUUUGCUAUCGUGCGAGGAGGUGGGACGACUGGCCAAGCCGGCGCCGUAGCUCAUGGGAUCGCGAAGGGUCUCAACGCACUCUUCCCACAAGGGAAGGGGUUGUUGCAACAGGCCGAGUUAUUGAGACGAGAUCCACGCAUGGUGGAACGGAAGAAGACUGGCUUGGCGAAGGCUCGCAAACGGUAUGCUUGGGUCAAGAGGUGA